UUCAUGGAACCCUAAUUCUCUCGGGCCCCUUAUUACCCCUCCAUCCUCUUAUCAGCCGCAAGCCCACCCACGCAUUGUCACUGUCCAUCGACGAUCACAACUCACUGCUCGUCCGCUUCUCCGUCUAAUCUUGUCAACCACACCUUCCUCCACUGCGGGAGCGUCGAUCGAGCCUUCAAUUUCUCGGUCUUCCCGAACAACAGUAGCCGCAACUCUGCUCCUCCCUUUCACUCGCUCAAUCUUACCUGCCUGCCGCCGCUCCAUUCUCCACCGCCUGAAGUAGAGGGUGCAGCUUUACAGAGCCAACCCAUAACCUGAAAAGGUUAUGCUGGACGAGGAAAAUAUCAAUGAUCUUGGAAUGGAGGAUCCCGAUAAUGAAGUCAUUGAUUCAGAACCAGAGUCAGAAGAAGAUGAAGAUGUGAAGUUGGCUGAACCUUCAAAGACUGCUGUAAACAACAGGGAUGGUUUGCUUGAUAAACUGGGAGAUAUAAGUUGGCCUGAAAAUGUGGGUUGGAUACACAAGCUUUCGGUAGACAUUGACAGGGAGCAAGAGGUGGACGUUAACGAUGACUUGACGCGGGAGCUUGCUUUCUAUACGCAGGCAUUGGAGGGCACAAGGCAGGCCUUUCUGGAGUUUCAGUCAAUGGGGAUACCUUUCUUGAGGCCAUCUGACUACUAUGCUGAGAUGGUCAAAUCUGAUACUCACAUGGAGAAAGUUAAGGGUCGUCUGUUGGCAGAGAAAAGAAAGAUUGAGGAGAGUGAGGAGAGAAGGAAGGCAAGGGAGAACAAGAAAAUAGCCAAAGAGGUACAGGCACAGAAGCUCAAGGAGCGGGCUAAGCAAAAGAAGGAAGAGAUAGAGUCUGUUAAGAAGUGGAGGAAAAAUAGGCAGCACAGUGGCUUUGCAGGUGGUGACAAAGACGGUGACUUGGAUUUUGCUUUUGAAGAUGGAAAGGCAUUUGAGCGAUCAAGUAAGAAACAGCCCGGGGUGGCUCCAGGAGACCGUUCUGGAGGGAAGGCAGGGAAAGGUGGUGGUAGAAGGGGGAUGAAAGGGCCAGAUAAAAAUAGAAAGAAUAGGGAAUUCAGGAACUCCAAGUUUGGUUAUGGAGGAAGGAAAGGCCCAAAUAAGCAGAACACUUCUGAGACUACAAGUGAUAUAAGAGGCUUCAACGGUAAUUUUUCAGGUAGAAAAAGGAAGAGGUGAUACACUUUAAUGUGGUUUGCUCGGUGCCAGAGCUUUAAAUGGAUCUUUUUUCGAAACGUGUCUUUUUGACAAUGUGCUUUUAGAAAAUUUGGUAAUUUGCUCAAUUAUAUUAGCUUAAUAUUUAUGGUUUAUGAUUCUAAUGCUGUCAAAUAAGCUGGCAGGUUGAGCUCUUUGAUUGGCAAAUUUUUUUGUUGCUUGAUGAUGAUUUUAUUCUGGGAUUAGCCGACUUCCUGUGUCAAUCGGGGUUCAGUUUUAUAGAUUUCGAGGUAUUGAUGUUAUAA